AUGAAUUCAACAGCAAUAUGCAUUCAGGGAAUUAACCUGGCCAAGAGAUUAACUGGUGUUCCUUAUGAUGCAUAUGUCCCUUGCAACUUGACAGGAAUUAGAAUAUCAGCAUUGAUGCUUACAAGAUACAACUUAAAAUGGAGAUCGUACGGCUAUUAUAAAGAAUUCCUUAUCCCUUCUGGGGUCAUUGAGGAACCAUACGCAAGGAAACUUGUUCUGGUUUACCAAAACUUGGCUAAUUGGUCCUCCUUAUAUUAUCCUUUGCCUGGUUACACUUAUCUAACACCAGUCUUGGGAAUCUUGUCUUACGAUGCUUAUGAUUUGUAUGCAAAAAAUGUACCAGAAUUAGAUAUUUUAGCACUGGAAGAUCCUAUCACUAUCAAGUUCCACAAUGUGCAGCCUGCACCACAAGGGUCUUUGCCCAAGUGUGUUUAUUUCUACUCGAAUAAUUUGGUCGAAUUUCGCCAUGUCAUAGAUGGAAAUAUUUGUUUAACCAGAAUACUAGGCCAUUUUGCUAUAGUUACUGAGGUGAAAAUUGCUCCAAGUCGUCCUCCUACUCCUGACGAAAUUGCCCCGAGUCCUUCUCCUACUGCUCAUCAUGACAAUAAUCAUCAAAAGAUGUGGACUUUUUCAUUGCUAUUUAUAGUUUUUUGUCUCUCAGGAAUAUUAUUUGUUAUUGUAAAAAAGUAUAGAUUAUGGGAAACAAGACGGUCGUUUGGUGAUUCAGCAGCAAUAAUUGAGCCACUGUUAGGGAACAUAGAGGCGCCAUUGCCAUUGGAAGCUCAAACUAGACCAUUGUCGUAG